AUGGGACGGAGAGUCCUAAGGGCUGUGGCGCUGGCGGAGCGGCUCUUCAGCAGCUCGCGUCCUGGCCGCCCUCUCCGAGGGCCCCACAGAGGCGCGGACAGGGACGCUUCACAGAAGGACUCCGGGGAUUGCCGCUCCUGCGGCCGCCGGCUCGUCCACGCCCGCCUCCUGCAGCCGCCGCCGCCGCCACUGCCGCCCCAUAUCCUCCCCGCCCUCCCCGGGUCUUGCUCCAGGCGGCCGGUGACCAACGGCCGCCGCGUAUCGCCUCUCAACAGCCAAUCGCCGGCGGGGCCGCGACACCUCACACACCGCUGAGCUGGAAAGGGACGCGUCACCAACGUCCCGCGGCGCCCGCACCCACCACGAGUCCGCGCAGGCCACGCCCCCUUCGACGUCGCCGGCGAAAAGCCAGAGGGAGGAGACCACAGAGAUUCGGAGCCGACCCCGUAGCUGCUCCGCCUGCCCCAGGUCCCGCCCACCAGCUGCUUCGCGUUCAGAAAGUCGGGAGGAGGCCCGUGACCCUCAGCAUUCCCCGUUACAAAAGCCCGCCCGUCGGCCCGCGCGCGCUGAGUCCGCGCAAGGCCCUUUGGGAGUGGUAGUUUGCCUUCCAGAACCCGAUUUUCUCUUUCCCUGUCCCUCCUAGAACCCAUGGUUUUGUUGGGGAAGACUAUAAUUUCGCUGCUCACCGCGAGACUGAUCAGCUUUGGCAUAGUUGCACUGUUUUCCUCUUUUGAGCAGAGUUCGUGGAAUAGCCUAGAAUGACGGAAGGAGGGUUGCGAGGGAAGCCGUACUAAUAAAAUUUAAAGACCCUUUCCCUGUGUCAAUCGGUGGCCAAGUGAGCUAGAUGCUGACUGGUAGAUGUAAAGGGGAGUGCCAAGAAUUCUCUCAUCUGAUUGGUUGGAGCGGAAAGCCUUUUGCUUUUUCUUUUCUGCGAUAAUUUCUCCUCUCGCCGGGUUCCGCAGGUGAAGAAACUCUGGUUUUCGUUAUGUUGGUUUCGAAUUUUGGGUUCUCUGCGAGUCGGAAGGGAGAAGUUGUCCCCACUAGACGCGCACCCACAGACGCUCCAAGUCUUGGGGUUCACUGAAAGCGGAGAAGGCAGUCACGUACACUCACCUAGGAGUAAUAAGUGACCAUUUCUCAAUACUAACUAACGGACAGCAUGCCCAUUCGAAGUAUUUAUGCCGCUGACGUGACGGAGUCUGCAGUUGUCUGUGCCUUGGAACAUGGCAUAUUUAAUGUGAAAUAUGUUUAAGGCGGGUGUUAAGUUAUUGUUUAUGUGGCCAUAAGGAAAAACACCCUCAGUAAAAUGCCCCAACUAAUGCCUAAUUUUGAGCCGCGGAAUUUCCUAAUGAAACUUCUAAGUUGAAUUGGUUGUUAGUUAUAUUCCCAAAGAACUGAAUGAUUUGAUCCACUCCGUAAUUCUUGGAUAUAAGUUAAUUUGAUGUUAGAGAAAUUAAACAAAGGGUGUUAAUAUUUGUUUAAAAGGAGUUCACCCUAAACUGCUUUUUCUGUCAGUAAUUAGGUAACAGUUCCAUUUACCUGCUGAUUCCACUCUCUUAGUAUAUGACAAUAAAAUCCUUUCAUCUCUCA